AUGUCCAUCUGGAGAAACUACUUCGGUCCCUCCGCUGUUCCGGCGAAGGAUGAGAAGAAGCCUAUCCGUGCUCUACCCGCUUCCUGGUACACCUCCGAAGAUAUGUACGAGCUUGAACGCCGAUCCAUCUUCUCCCGGAAGUGGCUUCUUACUACACACAAGCACCGAGUCCCCAACAUCGGUGACUGUGUUCAUUACGACGCUGCCGGCUACGAGUUCACCGUCGCCAAAGACAACAAUGGAACCAUCACUGCUUUCCACAGCAACGAUAUCUUCCCUGUCCAUGUGCACAUUGACCGCACUGGAUUUGUCUGGGUGAAUCUGGACAUUAACAAGCUCCCCGAAGUUGCCUGGAAUGAUGACUUCGAAGGUGUCGACGAGCAACCCCGGUUCGAGCACUACAACUUCGAGGACUAUAACUUCGAUCACACUUGGGAGAUGGAAGGCGAGUUUAACUGGAAGAUCCUAGCCGAUAACUACAACGAGUGCUACCACUGCAAAGUCGCUCAUCCCGAUAUCCCCACCAUCGCCGACCUCAACUCCUACUACGUCAAGACCAAGGCCGGCCACAUCCAACACUACGGCGCCCAGCGACAAGACCAGAUCGAUAAGGGUUUCCGGAUAGCAACUACCUACUUCUGGCCUAAUGCCUCUGUCAACAUCUCUCCCCAUUUCUUCUUCAUGCAGCGGUUCACCCCUACCAGCCCGACUCAAUGUGUAAUGCGUUACGAAGUCUACCGCCACAAGGACGCCACCGAUGAGGCCUUCAACCUCAUCAGCGACAUGUACAAGCGAAUCAUGUCUGAAGACAAGUACCUGUGCAUGCACACGCAGAAGAAUCUCAACGCUGGUAUCUUUGUCAACGGCCAGCUUCAUCCCGAGAUGGAGCAGGGUCCCCUUCACUUUCAGAAGACGGUGCGGGAGGUUGUGACGGAACACUAUGCCAAAGAGGAGGCUGCAGGUCAUCAAAUCUGGCCCGCGAAGCGCGAUCUUCCUGUAGAUGCUGCUGUCAGCCAGGAUCAAGAGAACGAUGCUCUCCGUACGGGCAUGCACAGCUUCAAUGUUGAGGUCGACACUUUCAAGGACUCCAUGGACACUGGUCUCUCCGCGGUAACGGCAAUCGCUGUGUAG